AUGGGCUUGUGGCGCCCAAGGGAGCGAGGAAGUACGCCACCGGAAGCGAAACAGCUCGGUGCUCUCACAACAAAGGGCGAACGUCAUCAUCGAUCCGAGGACAGCGGUGCGAACAGCCGUGAGGUGAAAGUGGUGACCGAAUCGCGUUCCGAUCAAGGGCAUUGGCGACGUACUGCUGUUGCUGCUGCUGUGUUCGAUACCAGCGUGAUGAGCCCAAACUGGGGCCAGCUGCCAGCUCUUGCGAUAACGAACAUUUUCCAGCACUUGGACCACCCGGAUCGGUUGAACGCGUCGACUGUAUGCUGGCACUGGCGGUCGGUGAUUUUUCAACCAAGGUUCUUUAAACGUAUCCAGUUCGAUGUUGCCCGUGAGCAGAACAAAAAGAAUAGCUUCUUUUUGCAAAAGCUGGCUCAUAUCGUAAGCGAAGUGAAGAUUACGUUCGAUUCCUGCAACCUCUUCGACGUUGAGUUGACAACAGAAGUUCUCUACAAACUUAGCAAAAGUGCCCGUUUGCUCAACAUUUCCAUAUUACCGAAAUACGCAACCCUCGUUACACCGGGUCGUUUCUAUUCAGAGGAGGAAUGGGACUAUAUUCACAAACUGUUUGUGCAACCGCUGAUAGCACUGCUUAACCGCAAGAAUCCUCCACUCCGUGCAUUGGAUUUGGGUUGCUCAGCAAUUCUUGCGCUCCAUGCAUCGGACUUUCUAAAUUGCACUUCGGAACCGCAGCAUCUGGAACGGCUUGCGUUCGCUACCGUCAAGCAGGAUCCUGGCCACUAUCCGCUUGGUUUGAUUGAACCUUCACUGUUUGAGAAGUGUACGUCGUUGCGUGUGCUCACACUCGACUAUGACAGUUUGUGUGAUGAGCUGCUGCAAACGCUACAACUGCUACCGUUGCGACAGCUUAUCGUACACGUGCACGGUAUCGAUGAGGACCAUUCCGGGUUGUCCGAGCACGCGUGGGCAAACUUUCGUAGCAAAAAUCCUGACACCGAACUGCAUCUAACGUUGGUGUGUGCGUACGAGGCGGUGGAUAUACUGCACACCCACAUUCUCCGCCCAUCGAUGCCGCUGACGCAUUUGAAGGUGUUGUUCUGUGAGAAGAUUAAUUGUCAAGCGUUGGAAUAUCUUUCGCGGCAUUACAACCACACCCUCCGCAGUUUGAUGUGGGUCGAUUCUAUGCGCAUUGAGGAAUAUCGCAACGUUAUGGAAUUAAUGAUGCGCACGGAACAAGACCCACUCGUGAUGAUGGCAUGGCGAUGCAAAAAGCUGCAAGAACUCAUCGUCCAUGGUUACGUACUUGAUCCGAACAAUCUUGUCGGUGUAGCACGCUUGCGCGGCAACGAUCUCAACGUACUGGAAGUAUCCGGUGUCCAUCUGUCCAUCGCAAACGUAUUGUUGGCACCACUUGUUAAGGAAAUUAGUGCAGAACUUGGCAAAAAAUGGUGUCCUUUGGAUGCAAAAACGCUUCCACCUGCACUUCGAUUUUAUCCCGUUUCGAACGAGGUACGUGAUCAGUACAUCUUAAAGUAUAUUCGCAAGGAUGUAAUGGAGUAA